CUAGAGAUUCUAGAUCAGAAUAAAUAAUUUACACAUGUGAAUGUGAAUUUAUUUGGAUCAUUAUGUUUUCGAAAGAUUUGAAGAAUGAUAAAUUGUGUUUAAAAAUUUAUUAUAUUUAGCAGAUUUUUUAUAUAAAUUUGAUAUAUAAAUUCUAUAUAACCAAAAAAAUGGCAGAAGAUCAGAAACAAAAUAUUGAAGAAAAAACGAAACCAAUAUUUCGCAAUUUGACGGCCGAUGAUCCAGAACCAGAAACGACAGAGAUAGAAAGUCUCUGCAUGAAUUGUGAACAAAAUGGUGUUACCAGAUUAUUGUUAACAAAGAUCCCAUAUUAUAAAGAUAUUGUGGUAAUGUCCUUUGAUUGUGAACAUUGUGGUUUUCAAAAUAAUGAAAUACAAAAUAGUGGAAAAAUUGCAGAAAAAGGAAUUAGAAUAACAUUACAAAUUAAAACUGCAAGAGAUUUGAAUCGUCAAGUGGUUAAGUCAGAUUAUACCUGUAUAAAAAUUCCAUCUUUAGAUUUUGAAAUUCCUUCUAGAUCACAAAAAGGAGAGAUCACAACAAUUGAAGGAAUUAUAGAAAGAACUAUUAAUGGAUUAGAACAAGAUCAACCUGAAAGAAGAAAAAAGUAUGCAACUGCUGCAUUUCAAAUUGAUGAAUUUCUUGAGAAACUAAAAAAACUUAAAUCUUUAGAACAACCUUUCAUUAUGAUAUUUGAAGAUAUAUCAGGUGAAUGUUAUGUAGAAAAUCCAAAAGCUCCAUUAAAAGAUGAAGAAUAUAAUAUAAUACAAUUUAAAAGAACAAAAGAACAAGAUCAUAUUUUAGGAAUUUAUACUGAAAAUUCAGAGGAUACUUUGUUAAAACCCAUAAAGGAAGGAGAAUAUACUUUAGAACAAAUUGAGGGAGAAGUACUUUCUUUUCGAACAAAUUGUCCAGAAUGUAAUUGCCCAUGUGAAACUAAUAUGAAAUUGACCAAUAUUCCACAUUUUAAGGAAGUUGUAAUUAUGGCAACAGUUUGUGAUUCUUGUGGACAUAGAACAAAUGAAGUUAAGAGUGGUGGAGGUAUUGAACCCAUGGGAGUGAAAAUAGAAGUAACAAUCAUAGGAAGAGAAGAUUUCAAUCGUGAUUUGUUAAAGUCUGAAACUUGUCAUAUGCAAAUACCAGAAUUGGAAUUAGAAAUUGGUCCUGCUGCUUUAGGUGGACGUUUUACUACUAUAGAAGGCAUUUUAGUAGCUAUUAAAGAACAAUUAUCAUCAUCAACAGCUUUUAGCGGUGAUAGUAGUGAUCCUGAAACUGUUAAACGAAUGGAAAUUUUCAUAUCUCAUUUAAAUGAAGUUUUGGAAGGAAAGCGAAAGAUUACACUUGUAUUAGAUGAUCCAGCGGGUAAUAGUUACAUUCAAAGCCUUUCUAAUGAAGGUUUAGAUAAUGGUUUAAAGAUUAUUAAAUAUGAAAGAAGUUUUGAUCAGAAUGAAGAACUGGGAUUAAAUGACAUGAAAGUUGAAGAUUAUUAAUUGACCAUCACAAAAAAUUAUAAAAUAAGGCAAUGUCGAUAAUGUCAAUACAAUGUAUUAUAUUCAAACAUAAAAAAAAAUGUAUUAUAAAUGUACACUAUACCGUGUAAAUACAUAUUUUGCAAUUUUAUUGCAAAAUUUUUUAUUAAA